AUGCCGAAGCCGGCCCCUGCCGUUCCUCGCCAUUGGAGCAGAAGGCCAGAUGUACAACCAACAAAAUAUCCGCGGUUUCGGAUCUUGACGAAGACGGAAUACCUGGAUAAGAAGAAGGAGUUCAGCAUACCUGCAUUCGACCCCGACCAACCCGCGCUCUUCAAAAAAGCCUUUCUGGAUAUACCUGCAAUCCGGAAGUGGUUUAAGAAGGAUGCCUUCCUCGACGCAUCUUUGACAAACAAGUGGAAUAAUAAGCCCAACACAUUCAGAUAUCCGCAAGAGCUGAACACAGCGUACCUCGAGCAGUACGGCGAUGCGAUCGUGCCAUUGGAGCUGACGCGCUCAUCUCCCGAAAACGCCCUCGGAAAUGAAGCCUUUGAGCGCUUCGAAGCCCCUCUGGCUCUCCUAUUACAACACAUGAGUGCUGCGGACGCGCAAGAAACGAGUUUGUACCUCGCGCAACACUCGCUAGCCGAUCUUCCAGCGCCUCUGCAAGAAGACCUACCUACGCCAUUGACUUUCCUAUCCCACCUCAACGCCCGCGGCGAUAUUUACGCGUCGAGUCUCUGGAUGGGCAGACCACCUACGCGCACCCCGUUACAUCGCGACCCGAACCCGAACCUCUUCGUACAACUGGCAGGAAAGAAAACGAUCAGGAUGAUGAAGCCUGGGGUGGGUCGGGUGGUGUUCGAGGCUGUAAGGCAGCAUAUACGGGGACCGGGCGGAGAUGCGAAGAUGAGAGGAGAGGAGAUGAUGCAGGGUGCGGAGAUGGAGGCUAUGGAAAUGGCGGUUUGGAAUGAGGAUGGAGAUGGAAGUAUGGGGAGUGCGACGGGCUGGGAAACAACUUUGAGGAGUGGGGAUGCGCUGUAUAUUCCUAAUGGAUGGUGGCAUGCUGUUAGGGGGGUUGGAAAGGGUGCGAAUGCUUCGGCCAACUGGUGGUUCCGCUGA